AUGAGAAGGGGCUUCAACGAGGAGACCAUAGGCGACGCCAUAGGUGUUGAGGGAUCCAUGGGCGAUGGCACCAUGGCUGAUGAGGGGGUCUGGGUGGCGCCUAUUGUAGUAAGGGAGGCGUCGUCAUGGCUACCGAAAGGGCCAUGGCGGCACCUAAUGCAGGAGAAGAGCGCCCGCAGCAAGAUAAAGAAAGGGCAAGAGGGAGAGAUGGGGGAACCCAGGUGGGGUGACACCUGGUCACACACUAGGCCGGACGCUAGGCAGCACCAAGCAGGAGCCUAUCUGGGCGACGCCAACUUGCUGGCCUAG